AUGGCGCCUUCAGAUGCUGCUCCCAAUACGAGUGGCGCCCAUAUCGCGCAGCAGCUGAUAGCCCGCGCGCAUUCGCCUGAUACAGCUUCAAACAUUUUCACGGAGAGAGUAAAGCGGAAACCCCUCUUCCUGCACUCAACGUCCCCAUCACCAGCCGAUAACCGAGCUCGUCGACGACUCCACCGUUUGCGGAAAAAGGAAUAUUUUUUGCGGAAGCAAAAGCCCAAGCCCCUCUCUGCUCGAGAGAAGAGAAUCACUGGCAUCUAUAACCUUCCAAAGGAUGAGAUGAAAUAUGACAUCUUCAAAGGCCUUCAUCAGAUGUGGAUUGAAUACAUGCAUGACGUGCUAGACCUGAAUAGGGACAAUCCCCAAACCUAUAUUAAUCCUUUAACCCAUGGAAGUUUACUUGCCAGCGCAGAUUUCCAUGGAGCUGAGCUUGAGGUCGUACGUAGCAGAUGUGUUAGCCGCGUUGGCGUGAAAGGCAUAGUUGUGAGGGACUCCAAAUUUACAUUCGUCGUAGUGACAGAGAAGGAUGAAGCUAAGACAAUCCCAAAGGAGCAUACGAUAUUUCGUUUCCAAGUGCCUCUACUCACUAGUAGUCGCGAAGAUGUGAAAACCAACCAGCCUGACCUUAUUUUCGAGCUACAUGGCAGCCAAUUCGAGAACAGGCCGGCUGAUAGAGCCAACAAAAAAUUUAAGUGGAAAAAUUUGGACUAUCUUUAAGUUCUCCCAACGUCGGAUUUCCAAUUAAUUACCACCAAAUUCAAUUUCCUGGCCUCCAACUAGCAUCUCGGUCGAGGUUCCACAACGUUUUUUCGCCAAUUAAGCACCUACACGGACCCUCAUACUAAAGCAUCUUCGAAACUAUCUAUAGGACUCCCACAUAUCUGUAUAUACUGGGAAAACAGCAUACUGGAAGAGGAAGAUAGCCCAUGCUGAGCCCUAAUUGUGUCACCAUUUGCUGGACAAGAAAGCCAUGUCAUUUCUUUGGCCCGUGUGCCAUGCAAGUCGCCCUGUAUCUCCGUCGUGCGAGGGAAAAGAUGGAGUUUGCGUUGAGGGAUACAAACUUCACCCCAUUUUUUUUUUCGAUAUUAUGUCCGUCUGAAAUUGGGAAAGUACUUCUGAGCCUAGAGGUUUUGUUAGGUGGGCAUUUUAAUCGGCGAGAUAGGGCUGGCGACCAAUAGGCUAUGUUUAUCACUAGAGGGUGGAUGAAUGUUGUAAGCUUCAUUUCAUUCUAUCUUGAUCCCAUCUUUCAGGUAGCCUCAAAUAAAACCCUACUUUUCCCUAUUGUCCAUAAAAUCUUGCUUUGGUUAAGAUAGACGGGAAAAGAUCUAUUUCAAUGGAAAGCUGAAUUUAUUCGUGGUAAAUG